AGAGAGAGAGUGAGAGAGAGAGACAGAGAGAGAGAGAGAGAAGCAGCCAGGCGGAGAGGGAGCUGGCGGUCUGGUGGCCUUGCAUAACACACGUUGAAGCAGCCUUGCACGCAGGACUUGCUGUGAGCUUCAGCAGUGGGGAACUUCCUUUACCGUCAACCCGCAGGGGCAGCGUAGCUUCCAAACCGGAGAGUCCAGAGAGGAAGGCAGAGCUGGAGCAGCUACAGCACAGGCUCCAGGAGAGGAGAGCGGCACAAAGGAGAGAUUCAGGAAGAGGAGUCCUAGGAAACACGUCUUCAGCACAUAUACACACAAACACACACACACACGCACACACAUACACACUCUGAGAGGCAGGAAGAAUCCUUGGACAUGCUCUGCAAGCAGUGGCUGUGGAGAGACUGCCCUGCUGCUGCUUUCCUCCUUUGUUACAUCUGGUGGAUCUACCAGGCUCUAUGGUUAGAUGAACUGCACGGUUUGCGGUACGCGCUGCAUUUGGAUGCAGUGACCUUGUCAAAGCCAGCGUUAGAGAUUACUGCCGACAUCGUGGAAGAGGUGGAUCGGUCAGAGAUGAUUCCUCAUGAAGUCUAUGGAGCUCAUUUUCUGAGCUGGAGUGACUCCGUCUUCUCUGGUCUGAGACCUGGAGCUGUGUACCAGUGAAAACCAAGAGAGUCAGAGCCACACAGUGCACAGAGAGGCCAGCCUCUGCACAUAACCACUGAGUGGAGGUGAGAGAGCGAGAAAGCGACCUCAGAGGAGCUUAGACGUUGUACUGGGAAAUAUUAAAACCACGCUGGCACAAUGAAAUCCAACCAGGAGCGGAGUAAUGGAUGCCUGCCUCCUAAGAAGCGUGAGAUCCUCGCUCUGGAGCAGAGGCCAGUGGUAGUAGCCGCUGCUACGCCACCAGCCGCAGUGGUAAAUGAUAGUCCCCACACAGAGAACUUAGCGUGGCUGGCAAGUGUAGCCAGUGAGCGCUGCAAAUCUAGGGAUGCAGAGAGCCCAAGAUGUCCCAUCUCCUCUACUUCCUCCUCCUCUCCUUCCACCUCUGUUCCUUCCUCAACCACUCCUCUUUCUGCAGUGCCCCUGGCCUCUCUACCUGCAGUUUACCCCACAGCCCUUCCCCAGCAGGCCGGGACUAUCCAGUUUGCUCAGCUGGGACCCAACGUUCAGUUCAUCAGUUCUGGGCCCUAUGCCGGCUACAUCUCCUCUCACAUCAUCUCAACAAACGCUAGCUCUGUGCCUAAUAGCACUAACAUAGUAGGACAGCGUCCGCAGCUGGAUGGUUACACCACUGCCCUGAUCUCCCCCAACACCAAAGGGGAGCAGCAGUUUCAAAUAGGCCUCUCCCCGACAGAACUGGCACCUGUGUCGCUACCAAGCUCUCCCCAAGUCACCAGCCAGUACAUCCACCUGGACAGCAGAACACCUCUGACUGUCAGCGGAAACUCUGUCACCUCACCCACGGCGCACCUCCAGCUCCACCCACACACAGCCGUCCUCCCUCAAACACUUACUCUUGCUCCCUCCCAGCUGGUGGUUCAGUAUGCGGAUGGUUCAGUUGGAAAGAAACCAGAGGGGCAUGCUAAGAGUGUACUUAACGGGGAAUUGGAGGUUGUCAAACAGGCAAAAGCCCACAGUCAGGCAGCAAACCAUCAGCAGGUCCAGAGCUAUGAGGCCAGACAUAUACUCCUGCCUGCAGACUAUGGCCAAAAUCCUGCAGGACUCCAGACCUCCUUGGUGCUGGUGGCCCAUCCUAACCAUGGAGCUGAACAUGAAGCUGGCUCAAAUAAGAUCUCCUUAGUCCAGACUGAGAAAGGAGGCAUCUGCUUGGGGAAACCAGUGUCCAGAUCUUCUUCUUUCACCUCCCUCUCCUCCUCAGAGGUGGUGAAGUCUGUUGCUCCUCAUACAGUCAUCCAGACCACUCUACCCCCUGAGGAGCUGCCACCCAGUCUCUAUUCCUCCACACAGCCGCCUAUCAUUGGUUACAUCACCAGUGCGAAUCAGCAUGCUGUCAGCUACCACGCUGCACUGCCCCAGCAUCUGGUCAUCCCAAGUGGCCAGUCCCUCCUCAUCCCAGUCAGCAGUGCCAAUAACGGCACAGAAAUAGAGGUUAGUCGUACUGUCAGCGCCCUGACUGCUACCACUACCCCUCAAAUAUCCACCGCCAUGCCACAUGCCUAUCUGGCCACAGCCCUGUCCAAGUGUGAGGCGCUCGGGCCAGAUGGAAAUCAACCACCCCCUGCUGUCGCACAGGCUCCAGUGCUGCCGGUCCUGCCCCCAAACCCGGCUCCUGCAGUGGUGGCAGCUCCCUCCCCAACUCCUGCUCCUGUUCCAGCCCCAGCCCCUGUUUCCAUCCAAGCCUCCCCCUCCAUUUCCUCCUCCUCUUCCCCUGUGGCACUUCCUCCGUUCUUCAUGCGAGGCUCUAUCAUCCAGCUGGCUGAUGGGGAGCUGAAGCGCGUGGAGGACCUCAAGACAGAGGACUUCAUCCAGAGCGCUGAGAUUAGCAGUGAGCUGAAGAUUGACUCCAGCACUGUUGAGCGUAUUGACAGUGGGCAAACUCCCAAUGCUGUGGUCAUACAGUUUUCUGUGGGAGAGCUCAAAGCACAGGUGUGUGUAGAGGUGCUGGUGGAGUACCCCUUCUUUGUAUUUGGUCAGGGCUGGUCGUCCUGCUGCCCAGACCGGACCACCCAGCUGUUUGAGCUGUCCUGCGCUAAGCUGUGUGUGGGCGAUGUGUGUGUGUCGCUGACCCUCCGCGGCUUGAGGAGUAGUUCGGUAACAGACAGCCAGGCUUUGGGGACUAAGCUGAAGUCGAGUCACCUCUCUGACUCCUGUCACAAUGUGGAUGCCGCUGUAAGAAACAGUAUGAGUCCAAACGCUGCAGGCAGUAACAGUGGCCUCCUAAUGAAGGCUUCCAGUGCAGACAGGCUGGAGAGGGAGCAGGUAACUGGACCAGGACCAGGACUAGAGCUACCACCAGGACUGGGACUACUUCCAGGACCAGCGGAGGGGAUCUAUGGAGCUGGACCAAUGUUGACAGUCUCGGGAACUGGAGAAGUAAGACAGGAAUCAGUGAAAACAGACAUGCCUGCGCUUAACAAAAUACAAUGUGGUGAUCCAGAGAGACCCUCAGUCCGGAAGAGACGCUGGUCAGCUCCGGAGAGAGACCAGACUGAGAGAGCUGAGGAGGAACCUCCUCUGACUCUGCCCAAACCCUCUUUUGUCCCUCAGGAGGUUAAAAUCAGCAUAGAGGGCCACUCCAGUACCGGGAGUGAAAGGUGCUUGAACAAAAGAGUAGACUGUUGAGAGAACUUUAAGGAAUUUUAAAUACCAGUGGUUUGCUUUGUGUUUAUCCCCUCUCUUUUCUCUCUAUCCAGACUACUGUAAUAUAGACUGAGUUUACACAGUAUUUACAUGUUUUCUUUUCUUUCACUUAAGUCUGAUAUCUACGAUGAAGUACAGUAGAGCACCUUCAUAAGUGGUAUCACACAUGAGAUCAGUGCAAUCAAUGCUGAAAGCAAAAAUGAAUGCAGCGUGAAUGUUGAGUAUGAAUGGCAGUCAGUCACCUGAGAGACGUUUUACUUUGACAUUUGAUCUCUUUUGUCAUGUGGCUUGAACCUGUUGAAUGCAGAGCAGUCAACCAUUCCUCUUAUCACAUGAACAAGCACAGACCCCGAUGUCAGCAUGUGGAAAGUGGGUGCCCAUAUUUUGACCCUUUCUUUGUUUCGCUGUUAAAUUGCUUUGUUGUUAAUUUCAAUAACAAUGCUCAAUCAUCACGGCUGUGAUUUACCCUGCCUUGUGUGUCCGAUGAGGAUUUUGAGUUUUCUGUUAUUAAUUUAGUUUUCAUUUUCAUACCAUAACAGAUGUGUGCUACCACUGUUGGGUUGUGCCACUUUGUCUCCACAUGUAUGUGCCUGUGUGUUGGUUUUGUGUGUGUCAGGUGUGUGUGUGGCUGGUAGCUGUGAGCUCAGUUGUCUGUGCAGCCUGCAAAUAUAAAAAAGUGAAAAGGCCUGAAUGUAAACCACUGAAUUUGUCCUCAGUACUGACUCAUGACGUCAUGUGUGUGUCGUUUCCUGCACCAGUGACGAGUAUAUGCUGAGAAUUUCAUACCAAUGCUUUUGCAAUAUGUGGGUGACAGCAGUUGCACAUGGGUGCAUUCCUCUGAUGAAGUUCCUCAGUCAACUUUACAUUGAUAGCUUGUUAGCAAAGUCUGGUAAUUCCUUUCAAGGAUAGCAUGUGUUUUGUCUUUUACCCUGGCUGCUAUCUGCAGCAUUUCAAAUAUGUACAAAAAGGGAAAAAAUAUUUUGGUCUAAUACCUCUGGAUGGGUUUUUAGCUAAUCUUUGUAUGGACUCAGCCCGCAUACUGCAAUAUAGCUACUGUAAUUAAUAGUUUUUUUGGCCACUUGGGGGCAGCACAGCAAAUGGUAAACAUAACAUUGAGAUAUAUAUACAUAUAUAUAUACCUUUUAAAUUUGAUAUGGCAAAUUUGUUAGCCAACAAUUGCGUAAUGACACAUCCAGCAGACACAGAGCAACAUUUGCAUUCAUCUGGAGUCAUGUUUCAGGUAGCCUGAUGAAUCAAAGUCCAGCUCAUCCUACUUUUAGCUCUGUUUCUGCUCUGAGGGAAACAUCUGGCUCUGAAGUCACACAAUUCUCCAUUACUUUUAGAGCUUCUUUACUGAAAACAACUUCCUGCUGCAGCUAGAAAUUUGGUUGAUGAGUGUGAGCCAAAAUAGUAAAAGUUGUGGGCCAUAAAACCAAAACAAUGAAAAGAUGAAAGAUGAUAAGAAAAGAGGAACUGUUGAGUUCGCUAAUAAUUUUCUAUGGAUUCAUCACCACGAGCGUCCCCUUUCACGUUACACAGUGCCAUCUGACCCACUGUCAAUAUAGAAGAGCAACUUUAAAUGCAAACACACCAUAAUAUAAAAAGAAAAAAAAAUCAAAAACAUGACAUAAUAAUUACUUAUUGAUGGAAAAAUGUUAACUUCCCAUUCUACUGAUGUAUCCUGUCGCUUUCUUUACAGAAACUAUGGCCUUAGAUAUAUACAUACCUGGUUCACAGCAGCACAUGGUUUUUAGGGUUUUACCGUUAAAACCUAUUUUCCUCAAUGAUGGUAUGCCUUUGUUAAGUCCAUACCUGGUAUAUCAGAGUACUGCUGUUUUGAUUAAAACAGCUUUCUUUCUGUUAGUAGAUUUGUUUCUUAGAGUAGAGCCAAAAUAAAAACCCUACAGUUCAUACUCAGGAACAGUAUGUGUCUGUAUGUAUGUGUGGUGUGUAUGUGUGUAUGUGUGUAGGUCUGUGCAUGUCCACAGUCACAUGUGUAUGUUCUGAGCAGCAGCACUUUGAUGAAGCAUCCAGCAGGAUUGUGGUGUUGGUGGCGGUGGUGGUGGUGCCCCUGUUCCUCAACUAUUAGAUAUAACGGGAAUAAUAAACUGACUGUUUCUCAUCAUAUUAUGUCCUACAGGUUUAUCCAUGAGAAAAAAAACAAUAUAUACCGGGACAGGGAAUGUAAACACACAUCGGGCAAACUAUCUCAACUUUAUUUUUGAUGAAUGAUAGAGCUACUAUUCAGAAAAAGAAAGAGAGAGUUGUAGAGUUAACUAGCCAGCUAGUGUCGAUCAUGUACAGCAAAUUGUAUCCCAGAAAGUGUACAGUUGUGUGUAUAGAUAUUCUAACCCUUAUGUAGCCUAUGUACUGUAUGUGCCACAGCGCCUCCUUCUUCAAUCAUUCCAUUAACUCACCAAUAUCAAGUGAUUCUGCUAUUGUUCAUUGUCAGUUCAGGUAUUGAUCUAAUGUUCAUGAAUGUGCUACAGUUCUUUGGGAACAUCUGCAUAAUUUGGCCUCCUCAGAAUUGAAUUUGACUUGCACACUGUAACAUACAGUAUGUGUGAAUAUGAACUGCAGUUUAUCAUAAUAGCCAUUAACCUUUUAGAGCUCCUGAAAGGUGUUUUGUUGUAAACCCAGUAACCAGACUGUUCUCUGUCUAUGUGUGUUUGAUUGCUCAGGCUAAACACUGCCCAGUGACUGUUCUCCUCCAAAAAGAUGUGGUCUUAUAUUCCUCACUUUUACAAAGUAGAGCUACUGUUUCAUCAAUUUGUCUUUGUAGCCAUUCUUCUCUGUGUGAGCCUGGCCCGUGUUUGUACUUUCCUUAAAGGAAUUGUUAUUUUUCAAAUACAGACCUGAAAUGACA